GCGGCUCAGCAGCUGGCAGCGAGUGCGCGGCGCCCCACGGAACUUCCCCGCAGCCGCCCGGGCGGCGUCCGUCUGUCCCAUGUCCCGCAAGGCGAGCGAGGACGUGGAGUACACGCUGCGCAGCCUGAGCAGCCUGAUGGGCGAGAGGCGCCGCCGGCAGCCGGAGCCCGGGGCGCCGGGCGGGGAGCGCAGCCUCCUGGCCGCCGAGUCGGCCGCCAGCCUGCAGGGCGCGGAGCUGGAGCGCGCGGCGCGCAGGCAGUUCCAGCGCGACGAGACCCCCGCCUUCGUGUACGCGGCCGCCGCCUUCUCCGCGCUCGGCGGCUUCCUGUUCGGCUACGACACCGGCGUGGUGUCGGGGGCCAUGCUGCUGCUGCGGCGCCAGAUGCGCCUGGGCGCGAUGUGGCAGGAGCUGCUGGUGUCGGGCGCGGUGGGCGCGGCCGCCGUCGCGGCGCUGGCCGGAGGGGCCCUGAACGGCGCCCUCGGUCGGCGAAGCGCCAUCCUGCUGGCCAGCGCCCUGUGCACCGUGGGCUCCGCCGUGCUGGCCGCCGCCGCCAACAAGGAGACGCUGCUGGCCGGCCGCCUGGUCGUGGGGCUCGGCAUCGGCAUCGCAUCCAUGACAGUGCCCGUGUACAUCGCCGAGGUCUCUCCACCCAACCUGAGAGGUCGCUUGGUCACCAUCAACACCCUCUUCAUCACCGGCGGACAGUUCUUUGCGAGCGUUGUUGAUGGAGCCUUUAGUUACCUGCAGAAGGAUGGAUGGAGGUACAUGUUGGGACUUGCGGCCAUUCCAGCCGUUAUACAAUUCCUCGGAUUCCUCUUUUUGCCCGAAAGUCCUCGGUGGCUGAUACAGAAAGGACAGACUCAGAAGGCCCGCCGAAUUUUGUCCCAGAUGCGUGGGAAUCAGACCAUUGACGAGGAGUAUGACAGCAUCAGGAACAGCAUCGAGGAGGAGGAGAAGGAAGCCAGCGCAGCUGGACCUAUAAUCUGCAGAAUGCUGAGUUACCCCCCAACUCGCCGAGCGUUAGCUGUGGGAUGUGGCUUACAGAUGUUCCAGCAGCUCUCGGGCAUCAACACUAUCAUGUACUACAGCGCGACCAUCCUGCAGAUGUCCGGCGUGGAAGAUGAUAGACUUGCAAUAUGGCUGGCUUCCAUUACAGCGUUCACCAAUUUCAUUUUCACACUGGUGGGCGUCUGGCUCGUGGAGAAGGUGGGCCGCAGGAAGCUCACCUUUGGCAGUUUGGCAGGUACCACAGUAGCACUUACAAUUCUUGCCUUGGGAUUUCUGCUCUCAGCUCAGGUCUCACCACGGGUCACUUUCAGACCAACGGCUCCCUCGGGUCAAAAUGCCACCUGCACAGAAUACAGUUACUGUAAUGAGUGUAUGCUGGAUCCAGACUGUGGUUUCUGCUACAAGAUCAACAGUUCGGCUGUCAUUGAUUCCUCCUGUGUUCCGGUGAACAAAGCUUCCACCAAUGAAGCAGCCUGGGGCAGGUGUGAAAACGAAACCAAGUUCAAAGCAGAAGAUGUUCACUGGGCUUACAGUUUCUGCCCUACCCCAUACUCCUGGACAGCACUCGUGGGCCUGGUGUUAUAUCUUGUUUUCUUUGCACCCGGAAUGGGACCAAUGCCCUGGACCGUGAACUCUGAAAUCUAUCCUCUCUGGGCAAGAAGUACAGGAAAUGCGUGCUCAGCUGGAAUAAACUGGAUUUUCAACGUGCUGGUUUCACUGACCUUUUUACACACAGCGGAGUAUCUUACAUACUAUGGAGCGUUCUUCCUCUACGCCGGAUUCGCCGCUGUGGGACUGCUUUUCGUCUAUGGCUGUCUUCCUGAAACCAAAGGGAAAAAACUAGAGGAAAUCGAAUCGCUCUUCGACCACCGGCUGUGCACCUGCGGCACCGCGGACUCGGACGAGGGCAGGUACAUCGAGUACAUCCGCGUGAAGGGAAGUAACUACCAUCUCUCCGACAACGACGCCUCGGACGUGGAGUGACUUCCACCCGAUGGCUUUCCAGUUACUGAAGUGAACGUGUCGGGAAGGCCAGCGGUUGGUCACUGCCCUGCUCACAAGCCGAGUCUCCCCACCGUCCUUGCCAAUGACUCCAUAUUCCAGAAGACUUGAUGAGCAGAAAAAUACAACUGUGGUGAUGUUUAUUUUCAUACACAGAAAUGCUAAAAAAAAAAUAAAUAAAUAACCACAGAUUUUUCUUAGGCAAAUGUGUACAAGCCCUUCCCGAGACAAUCUAAACACUACUGUUGUACCCAGCGACUUCAGUUGGGGUCCCUUUCUCCUUAAACCACACAUAAUUAGUGGCAAUACAGUCAGUGCUUACCUAGGCAGAUUAUUUACGUAUAUUUAUAAAGGAUUAUUUAAAACGAUCUAAGAAUAUUUAAUGUCAAAACACGGCCUAUUGACCCUAAAUUUUCAUAUCAGGUAGUGGCUUUUCUCUGAUCAGUACAGAGUGAAUCCCAUCUAAACUUCCCUCCACAAAUUCCGGAGUCCUACGAGGACACAGCUGUCCCUUUCGCCUUUGGAUUCCAGAUGUUAGCUUCUCCAACACAGAUAUGGAAAUUCCCUCAGAGGCUGAAUACACAGGAGCUUUUGAACACUAUCCAAAGCGGGCCUUUUAAGGGUUAUUUUCGUACUCUUUUUGCAUCAGUGAUGAGUAUAUUUGCAGAGACACGUUAGCAUGUUUUGAUAAGUAUAUUUUAUUGUCCGAGUAAGAAAGAACAGAUUUUUAUAUGCCCCGAUUCGUGAGUCACUUCGGAAUGCAGUCGUAGACGUGAAGCAGCGCCAGGCGGUCAACUGCGUUCCAGGGUCGGUUCCACCCCAGAUUCUGCAUUGUCACGCCUGGCUCCUGCUGUUCUGUGCCUUCCUGGGUGUCGAAUGACAGCUGCUGGCACAAGAGGAAAGAAGUCAGUGGCAGAGACGUUAUCGACAUUUAAUUUAAAUCCUAGGACUUCUUUCUCCAGGUGUUUUAUUGGUUCGUACUGAGGACAGGAGCGCACCCCACUUCUAAUUACUUUCGAUCUCCCCCUGAGGACGUGAGCUACUUUCUAAUUUCGUGUUCUCUGCUCAUUCUCAAUAAUUUGCUGCACAAGCAAAAUUCGAAGCUGUGUCUGCUUCUUUAUCUCAGACUUGGUUUGGUUUCUGUCUGGAGAAAUCUCGGUUUCUCCAUUGGAAAAGAAGACCUAGCCAGGUUCUUAACGCCACAGUCAGUAUUGUGUCUCUCAAAGUAUUUGAUGGUUUCUAUGUUCAGUCAACCCUGAGUUCCUAAUUCUUACCACCCUAUGGAGAGCUAUGUGAUACGAACAAAAUUACUUGCUCACAGACGUCAUUUAUCUGUGUGUUCUUCUAAAGCUAAGGCUGAAUCUAAGGGCCAGUUGGGACAAAUCAGUUUGAUGCUGCACGUGAUCUAAGCAUCUGAUUGAGUUACAUACCCAGGUGAAUGAUGACUAGUGACACACGAAGAAAAGCUUCCUGCCGAUCUCCAAAACGGUUAUUCUUGCUUCUUCUCACCGUAAUUACCAAGCACAGACUGUAGCAGAGGAAGUUACCCUCCGGUCACCAGAGUUACCUACACUGUCAACUUUGUGCCCUACAGAUCCUUCAGCCAAAAGACGACAUUCUCUCUGUUUGAUUAUUUAACGUUAUUAAAAAAAACUAACAUAAUAUUUUGGAAAGGUUUCCCUCAAAUUAGGUGCUUUGAAAUUUAUUAUAGAGAAUAUUAGUACUGAUUUUUCUCUAGAGCAGAAGAUAUUAUGUAAUAGGAUGUGUUAUUCGAUAUUUCUGAUCUCUUAAGGCGUUUCUUAACAGCAUUUUAUGAGAUCAAAUGUGGUGUCGUUAGCAUAUUAUGGGAAGAAAAAGAUAAGCAAGUGCUCCUUUUAAGAUAUAUUUUUCCAAUUUCUCCAACCCGUUGCCUCAAUUCUUCUUCCCUUUGAGGUCUGCGUGGCCUUAAGCACACACAGGUAUCUCAGCAGAGCUGGCCAGGAAACCUUUCUAACGGGACAACUUGAGUCCUUAGUGCUGAAAGCUGGGUAUGUGUGACCCAUUCUUGCUAACAAAAACAAGUAUGUUCUCAGCUUCAUGUCCAUAAAUUAACAUGAUAUUGUUAAUUUAUUAGGAAAUUGUCCACGUACUUCUUGCCCUGUCCCCUUCAUUUCUAAAAAUCUUUUGUUAUCGAUACAGUAACAGGAGUCCAUCCCUUUAACAUACAGCACAGCGCUGUACAUGUAAGACUUAUUUAUAACUUGUAAAAAGCAACUUGAAAAGGAACCCUCUAAAAUCCAGAUAUGAUUUUCAGAUUUGCCGAACAUUUAGAAUGCAUUAAAUUCUCAGACUUUUAUUCUCUUAGACACCUUCUAUGCUCUUAGUGUCUUUGACCACAGCUGUCAACUUGGAAAACCACCCACGUGAAAUCAUCAAACAUCUAUAUUUUGUAGGACAAUUUCGAUAUGAUAUGACAUGACAUGACGUGACCUGACAUGUUAAAAUAGACGUAUUAAGCAAAUGUACUUGCUACAGCAAUGUUAGCUUUCUUUCCAAACGCGUUCCAAAUCCGAUACAGGUGUAUUUCAGUUGGGAACAUUGGGUGAAGAAGGUCACGACCAUGCCUGAAAUCUAGCUGGGUGGCUAACGUGCAGGAGAAUGAAGAAUGCAUCAUUGUGUAUCCAUGUAAGCACAAUCUGUUGAAAAUGAUGUCAAAAGGACUCGCUGUCGCGGUCAGUGGAUAUGGUUCAGUGGUGGAGCACCGGCCUGGAAAAGAUCCCAUCUUAAUAUUUUUCUUCUGUGUAAACAUCUGUAAUAAUUUCAAUGGUCAUACCUACACUCAGUCAUCCUCUAAAACAUGGCUUUGAAUGUACAUGUAGAAGGUCUAAAUGAAAGGUAUUUCCAGGAGAAAACCCACCAGAAUCUUUUCAACCGUUUACCAAUGAAACACACUCCAGGAUCCAGUCCUAACACACGUCACUCACUCUAACGUGGGAGACCAGUGAAAGCACAGAAUUGAUGGGUCUUGGCUGUCCGCUAGACAGAGAGAAAGACUGGGGGGAAAACUGACGCUUGGCCCAUUUGGUUUUUAAGAGCAAUGUAUGGUUAAUAACAGUUCAAAAGUAGCUACUGCCUAUAAAAGACUCAGAAUUGUUCUCUGGGUUAAUUUUUAACACCCUUCGGCCUAUUAAUUUCUACCAGUCCCAGCCUCGAGCACAGCAAGGUUCAUUCAGUUCUCCAAGGCGCCCCGUAGCGCUGCCCCCUUGGGAAACAGCAGUUACAAAUGCCACACAGCCAACCAACUGCUCAUCUCUGCCUUGUGUGCUGUUUGGGGAAGAAAAUACACACGUGCUGAUAAUCUUCAGAGAGAUGCUUCACAAAUAUUCACGUCCAGAACUACCAGGAAGUAUUUUAUCAUUACCAUAAUGUGCUUGUGAGGUCAGAAGAGUAUACUUCUCUAAAUCUUCACACGUGUACAGUACAGUCUCUCACACUUCAGUAAUUCAGUCAACGGGCCUUCGUUGACUCUGUUUACAGGUAAUAUUCAUAUUCUAGACAGUUAGGCUCACAGGAUUGAGUUUUGUCCUAUCCAUAUAAAUAAGGAACGGACUACUGUGCAGAUAAUCAGUACUCAAAGUUACGAGCCAACACUUUAUAAAGUUUUAAGAUUUUGCUAAAUUCAACAUCCCAUUUCACUUAAAGUCUAGACAAUAUACUAUUGACUCUAGCCAAAGUAGAAAUCCAUGACCUACACCCAUGUCCAGAUUCUCUGGUGGCUCCUGCACUAUGCCUCACUUGAUGUUACGAUUCUGUUUGUGCUAAGUGUUCCAAUUUCUAUUUAGGAACUCUAAAUACACAUCUCUAUCCGAUCAGGAGUUUCUCGCUGUUAGAGGUGUACGUAUUUUGAACUGUAUUUAGUUUUCUAGUGCAUGUUUCCUACUGUUUAAUACUUGACAAACCUUGGCGAAUUUAGUCUUUCCAUUCCUACCUGUGACAUACAGAAUCUCUCUUGAAAACUGCCACUGUCCCAUUUACCAAAUCAUGCUAGCCUACACUGUAUCAAAAGUACGGUAUAUUUUAUGGAGACUUAGUGAUACACACGUCAAUGUUUUUUAGGUUAUUUUAUCGAACUUCAGUAUUUACAUGAAGUUAUAAUCCUUUUUUUUUUAAAGAAAGUGUCAGUGCCAGACCUGUAUAAGAAAACAAUCAAAUAAAAGUAAAGAUAACUCA